AUGGCGGCGCCGCGGCCGCCCAACGCCUCCCUGCCCGGCAGCCCCGGGAGCGGACCCCUCCACGGCCCCGGCAACGGCACCGGCGACGCCCCCCGCGGCUCCCGAGACUUGGACAUCACCGUGCGGAUCCUCCUCUACUCCGCCGUUUUCCUGCUCGGCGUCUUUGGGAACGUGACGGUGAUCGCUGUGCUGUCCCUGAACAAGCGCCUGCGCACCGUCACCAAUUCCUUCCUGCUCUCGCUGGCCAUCAGCGACCAGAUGGUGGCCCUCUUCUGCAUCCCCUUCACCUUCAUCCCCACCGUGAUGGAGACCUUCGUCUUCGGCAAGGUCAUCUGCAAGACGGUGGCCUACCUGAUGGGCAUGUCGGUCGGCGUCUCCACCUUCAGCCUGGUGGCCAUCUCCAUCGAGCGCUACAAUGCCAUUUGCAACCCACUGCAGUCCCGCGUGUGGCAGACGCGCUCCCACGCGUACCGGGUCAUCGUGGCCACGUGGCUGCUGUCGGCCCUCCUCAUGCUGCCGUAUCCGGUCUACACCACCAGGACCUCUGAGGCCGCCUACCCCGGUGUUUACCGCUGCCAGCACCACUGGCCAGGGAUCCACGUCAAGCAGGCCUGGCACGUGCUGCUCGUGGUCACGCUCUUCUUGAUCCCCGGACUGGUGAUGAUCGUGGCCUACGGGCUGAUCUCCUGGGAGCUCUACCGCGGCAUGCAGUUUGAGAUGGGCCUGACCCAGGAAGCGAAAGCUCAGCAGAACGGCGGCGUGCAGCCCCUGGCCGAGGGCGACGAGGGCGACGGCUGCUACAUCCCGGUGCCCCGGUCUGCGGGGGGCGCUGUGGAACUGUCGGUCCUGACCUCGGAAGACCACGCCAAGGAGGAGCGAGCCAGGGUCAACCGCUCGGAGGCCAAGCUGCAGGCCAAGCGGCGGGUCAUCCGCAUGCUCAUCGUCAUCGUGGUCCUCUUCUUCGUCUGCUGGCUGCCCCUCUACGUGGCCAACGUGUGGAAGGCCUUUGACCACAAGGCUGCCGUCCGGGCCCUCUCGGGCACCCCCAUCUCCUUCAUCCACUUGCUGUCCUACACCUCCACCUGUGUCAACCCCGUCAUCUACUGCUUCAUGAACAAGCGCUUCCGCAAAGCCUUGGCCGCCACCUGCGCCGGCUGCCUGGCCCCCUGCCGCCGCCGCCGCCCCCGCCCCCCGGACGAUGAGGUCACGGCCACGGGGGCCUCCCUCUCCAAGUUUAGCUACACCACCGUCAGCAGCAUCGGGGGGCCCUGA